AUGCCAGUCCCCACCUCAGGUGCUGCCGUGCCCCCACCGGACGGUGGGUGGGGGUGGGCGGUGGUGCUGGGAUCCUUCAUCUCCAUCGGAUUCUCCUACGCCUUCCCCAAAGCCAUCACGGUCUUCUUCAAAGACAUCCAGAUCAUCUUCGAUGCGUCCUACAGCCAGGUGGCAUGGAUCUCCUCCAUCAUGCUAGCUGUCAUGUAUGCAGCAGGUCCCGUCAGCAGCAUACUGGUCAACACCUACGGCUGCAGACCCAUCGUCAUGAUGGGCGGCUGCCUUUGUGCCCUGGGCAUGAUCUCAGCGUCCUUCUGCACCAACGUGAUGCAGCUUUACUUCUGCAUCGGUGUCAUCGGAGGACUUGGUCUGGCCUUCAACCUGCAGCCAGCGUUGACGAUGAUAGGCAAAUAUUUCUUUAAGAAGCGUCCUAUUGCUAAUGGGUUAGCGAUGGCAGGCAGCCCUGUCUUCCUCAGCACUCUGGCGCCUCUCAACCAGUACCUCUUUAACCAGUUUGGAUGGAGAGGCAGCUUCCUCAUCCUGGGCGGGCUGCUGUUGAACUGCUGCGUGGCCGGCUCCCUCAUGAGGCCGCUCGGACCGCCGCCCGGCAAGGUCAAGAAGGACGAGGCGCUGGCCGCCGUCACCACUACGACUGAAAAGCGCAGCCUCUGGCAAAUAGUCAACAAGUACCUGGACCUGACGCUGUUCAAGCACCGGGGCUUCCUCAUCUACCUGUCAGGCAACGUCAUAAUGUUCCUGGGUUUCUUUGCACCCAUUGUCUUCCUCGCCGCCUAUGCCAAAGACAUGGGUGUGGAUGAAUACUCUGCUGCCUUCCUGCUCUCAAUCUUGGCUUUCGUGGACAUGUUUGCCAGACCCUCCAUGGGGCUGCUGGCCAACUCACGAUGGGUUCGCCCCAAGAUCCAGUAUUUUUUCAGUUUCGCUGUGCUGUACAAUGGGGUGUGCCAUAUCCUUUGCCCACUAGUGGAAAGCUACACUGGCCUGGUGGUGUAUGCAGUAUUCUUUGGCUUUGCUUUUGGCAUGGUAAGCUCAGUGCUGUUUGAGACAUUGAUGGACCUGGUUGGAGCUCCGAGGUUCUCCAGCGCUGUGGGACUCACAACAAUUAUAGAGUGCUGCCCUGUUCUCAUUGGUCCACCAUUAGCAGGGAAACUUGUCGACGUCACCAAAAAUUACAAGUACAUGUAUUUCUGUUGUGGUGGUGUUGUCAUCCUGGCGAGUAUUUGGCUUUUCAUUGGAAACUUCAUUAACUACAGACUCUUGGAGCGUGAGCGCAAGCAGGGGGAGAUGUACAAACAAACUGAGACGGAAGAUCCCGACCGAGUUCGGGAUGAGAAGGAGGCUUACGGUGCGGCCCAGGCCACCGAAGACCUGACUGACCAAAACCAAAAAGAAGUAGAGCCCAUGCAAAGAGAGACUAAUAUUUAAAACCGUUAUGCACUGCCAAACCUUGACCUUUCACCCCAGCUGCAGCCAUGCAACACCUUCAAGUAUAAAUCAACCGAGCUCCAAGCCAAGAGUUGCCUCUCACUGUACAACCACACUCUGGUUGGGGCGCUCCUCAGUACUUCUCUGAAAAUAACUGCCAAAGCAACCGUUGUGUUGUAGGGAAGGUGAGGUACAGUAUCUGUUUAUAACAGCGCGCUAGCUGUGACUACAACUGUAAUAAUAAGCCAGUAAACAUAAGGAACUUACAGACAAAACUUCCUAUCUUUUCCCUGACACUCUCAUUCUAGACAAGCACGAUCUCUCUGGGACACUGCAGAUAUGCUGCUGAUUUUAAUGUACGUAAGGUACAUCCACUGGAGUGUUUUCUUAUUCAUGAAAUAAACAAAUGACUUUGAUUCACUUUGACUGAAUUGAAACUACCCAGGUUCAAACAUCCAAAAGCUGCAUCAGUCUGUUAUUCUGGGUUCACCUGGUUUCCAAUAUGAAGAAAAUAUGAGCGAGAUGCAUUCCCCAGUUUAAAGACCCUUCAGAAAUUCAAUUAGUGUUCUAAUUAAAUAAAUCAAACAUAGAUCCAGUUGUGAAAAAAUACGUUGGGUGCAUUCACAUCAGCCUUUUGUAGUUUGCUUUAAUCAAAGUCUACUUUGUUUGUCUAGAAAGUCCGGUUCGUUUGGUGAGGUGUGACUGCAUAAAGUUCAAAAAGUUGGACUCGGGGUCUCGUGUGUCAGUGAUGAUUUCUCAAUCAGUAAUUUCUGUGAAAACAAAUUUCACAACACAUAACAGCUUCACCUAACAUCAAACCAUUUGAUGGUACUGGUGGUACACAACUCCUUUAUCCAUGAAGAUGCCAAAAGCCUCUGCACUGAAAGCGACCUUCUACAGAAAAACGUACACAAUACACAACGAGGAAGUAACUUACUGUAGUUUACUGCGUCCCUGCUGCAACAGUGAACAUGUUGUGUUGGCAACGCAACCAACAUAGGCCACGUCACAUGACAGAUAUCAGGACACGUAUAUGCAUCUUAGACUCAAGUCAUGAAAACAGACACUUCUGAGUUGACUUAAAUUUGCAUCUUGAAACGUCAAUACUUGACUUAGACUCUAGGUCUUGGACUCUUUAUUUCAUGUAAUAAUGCAUGAAAAUAAGCUGUUUAAAUGCAAUGCUUGAUUUGUGCUUGACACAUCCUAGAGGUCCGCACGGCGCAGGGCGUUCAAAUUGUGUCAUUUCAAUAGCCACGCCCCUCUACGUAUUGUCCGUGCAGACAAAAGUUUCGACACCAGGCACCCUGGAAACAUGGUGGACAAGAAAGAGCGCCUCCUGGUGGUGGUUCAAAGAGACAGACAUCUUAAUGAUUCGAACCAUAAUGACAAUAAUACCAUGGUGUCGCCAAGGUGCUAAUAACAACAGUGUUUUUAAUAGGUGCCCUACACUGCCUCCUACAGUCUGGGAGAAUAUUGGCAACAGUCGUGAUGAGAAUAACCAAGAAUAAAUACUGCAGAAAUUGGAGCAGUCUGAUUCCACCUGGAAAUCAUUUGAGUUAAUGAUUUACUCUGUGGGUUACGAUUGUGUAUUAAAAAAUUGUUUGUCAUAUUAACAUCGCAAAAUGAAGAUCUGAAUGAACAUUAAUAUCGCAGCAUACUUACGUUUUUGUUUUGUGCUGGAAACAGAAGCGACACAUUUUUUAACGUUUUCUUCGCCUUUUGUCUUCACCAUGUUCUCAUGGUGAAGACAAAAAAAAGUGCCUUUCUCAUGGCACUUUUUUUUGUCAUAAAAAGUGGGGGGGAACGACAAAGCAAAAAAUGGCAAUUGGUGUCAGAGACAAAAUUAGCUAAAGUAGUUUUCUCCUUUUUUUGUAUUUUGAUGGGGUAAAUGUUGACAGUGUUGCCACCUACUGGCCUGGCAUGGAUAUUUCACAAUUUGUCUAGGAAUACUGCUUUGGAUACGGAUUUUUCUUCAACCAAUAUAAAAAGGGUUCAACAGAAUAAAACUUACUCCGACUGGGUUCCCCAGUUACUAUAAUCAACUUUUAUAAAAACUGAACAGAUGUGGUCACAGCUGGUGAUGCUGGUAUCCAUAUAUUACUCUGUCCUCCUGAGCACUGUAAAGCUGUGUUGUAAAACCUGUGCAAACCUUUGAUCAAGUCAUAAAAAAUGCUGCAUUAACCAUCUUGGGUACAACAGUCCCACUCUCAUAUCAAGUAUGCUGCACUAAAUGUCAAAUUGCCACACUUCAACCCCUGACAUUGUUUUAAAAUUGCUGCAAUUCACUGAAUUUAAUUACGGUUGAAUGUAAUUUCCUCUGUGGGCCUUAAUAAGGUAUUAAUGACCAAAACCCCGUCUGCAAAUUGGGGGCCGUCUACAGGCAGAGCCCAUGAGCAAUACACUCUCUCUCAUAUUAAUGCAAAUAUACAGGGAAAUGUGUUUCUAGUGGCAGUCCAGUCUGUGAUGCAUUGCCUUAAAUUUAAAUGCAGUGUAACGAUUGCAGGGUAGUCGUACCGUUAAUAGUGGGCAGAACAAUAUGAAGAUGACAAACUUUGUGUUAAAUGUGAGACAUUUUAUUCCUGCUGCGAUAAAGAGAAACUCACAUCUGUUCCAUUUGUCUCCUAACGUAUCUGCGUUGGAAUGUGAAAGCUUUAAGUGAUUGUGUUCUGUGUCUCGUUGUUUCAGUAACUGACUAACCAUUUCCAUUCCUGAAUGUUAAAUGUGUUGCAGACUUCUUCUACUAACUGGGAAUUGUAAUCCAGCCAUGUGUAGUGUAUGGUGUGCACAUACAGACAUGCAGCAUGCUUUCCUUUGCUUUUCAGUGACAAUCGUGGAAAUACGUCUCACUGCCCAGGGCGCCAUUCUGCCGAGGGGCAGCACAAGAAAAGCACUAGCUGCGUUUCCAUUACAAAUGUGCGCAAAAUGUUGUCAGUAUUCUGCUAAUGUCGAAAAGACACAAUUUUGGAAUUGCGAUGUUUCUAUUAAAUAAGAAACACAAUUAAAAUCACACGAAUAAGUCUGUUUAUACAAUAAGUAAUCAAAAAACAUGCCAUGAACUACUUCCUGUUGCCUUCUUCUUCAUAGUUUGCACCAGUGGUAACAUCCAGUUGAUGAUCAUGUGACUUGUGUCAUGUAAGCAAAGUGUUUCCAUCGCAGUUUUGCAAAAUGAACCAGUUUCAAUACUUCCAAAACAAAAAUCACCUCAACUGUGUAUUGAGAAACUAGAGUUUUUUUUUAUAAUUGGUGUGUUUCCAUUAAGCAAAUUUAUUUUCAAAAAGUCAAAUUGCACAAUUAUAUGGUCAUUGUAAACGCAGCUAGUGUCAGUUGUGCCCACAUGUUUUCCAUUCCUUAACUGCAUGUUCAAUUUUGUAUUGAUCACUGUAUAACCACUGUAAGUAUGACAAUAGGCCACAGGUGGCUAAUAAUUCCAGCUAUAAUUCAGAUUUGAAACAAACCUGAAGGGCUGUUUUGGUGUUGCUAAGUAUUGGAUCCUCUCUAGGUCAAAGUUUUAACUCACCAAACCUGACCUGGAUUGUUUUACCCUAAAUAUAGAAAACAUUUUUGUGAACUUUUGUGAAUUCUCAGACUCUGGGCUGUGGGUUGGGUCAGGAUUUCAGGGUCCGCCCAGGACACCAUUCAUGCAAGAACCACCAAAGAUGUUACAUGCAGAAAAAAACAACAUCCAAACACAUUUUGAUUUCAAAAUGAAUUUGAUCUUUGAAAACAAUCAUAAACAAAAGGGAAGAGGGGGCGGACGCCUUUGUCUUGGUUUUUCCCUUGUACCGCGAAUCAUGAAAAUACAUGUCCAUCUGUGUUGCACACCUUAAACCACAUUCUGUUAUUACCAGGAGUCGAGAUGAUGCUCAGCGUAAUGAGCUGACCUGACCAGAUGAAUCUGCCGCUGAAGGCAGAGUGAUCGCUACUGAUCUCAGAACAAGGCCUGUCCUGCUCAUGGUUUCAGCCACUGUGUUGCUUUUUUUUUUUUUUUUUUAAGACUACAACUUGGUUUCAACAGAAUGGAAAAAAUGGAAUAUUGUUGAGUUUGUUUUACUGAUUCAGUUGAAAAAGUGAAACUCAUACGUUGAUCUUUUACACACAGACUGAUACAUUUCAAGUGUUAGUUAAUCGUUUUAAACAUCAUGGUUAACAGUUAUUGAAAACCCAAAAUUCUAAUUCUCAGAAUCUCGGAAUGUUACUCAAGACAAUUCAAGCAUGUCAUUUGAAUGUUGAGUGGAUGGAAAAACUCUGGUAGAAAAAGCUGAACUUUCUAAGAGGGAGAUGAUUAGAUGUAAAAAUGCAGAUGAGUUGAAAAGUGCUAUGAUAAAUGACUUGAGCUUCACAGCCUCUCAAGGUUGAUUAUCUUGUUUUUCCCUCCACUCAACUUUCUGUGUUUCUUGGCUAACACUUGAACAGCCUUCGUUGCCUUCUACAGCAAUGACCUUUUGUGAAAGAUGUUUGCUGGUAAAAUGCGUUAGUCAGCACUCUGACCCAUGAUUGUGUUGGCUGUAACUUUUCCAUAACGUUUCUGUUUUUAUUAUAUUUAAUAUUAUAGUUGGUUUGGUUUUUUUUUAAAAGUCAUAACCAGUAAAAUGACCAUAAAUAAUCACUUAAGUAUCACUCUGUGUGCAAUCAAUCUAUAAAAUAUGAGUUUCAGUUUUUGAGUUGGAAUUGCUGAAAUAAAUAAACGUUUCUGUGAGAUUUGAACUUAUUGAAAUGUUCUACCUUCCUCUCCUGCGCUCACUGAGUAGAACUGACUGUACAAUCAAGUCUACCAAAUAACACCGCCCCCUGCUGGCGGCAGACCGCUCAAACCGGAUUUUAAAUCAGUUUUCUUUCUACUGUCCAGGGUUUUAUUUCAUAAACUGAUCCACGAUUUCUGGACAUGUUCUUGUAAAAAUACAACAGAAUGUUUAUCUUUUGAAAUAGAACGAAGGAAUAUAUAAAUUAAAGAAUUAAAUUUAGCAUUCAGCUUUGUAAUAGUAGCAGAGAAUGAGCACUGAAGCACUUCUGAUCAGAAGAAAUCUGAAUUACUUGAAAUAUUAAGUGUGAAUUGUGAAAGCCCAACUGUUGCUGUAUAUAAUAAAUCUAUAUGCUAUUAACCUCAAAAGACUUUUUAAUGUGCAGUGCAUUUAAUUUUAUCUGUAAAGCCCAAUAGAAAGUCAUGGAAAUGGAAUGUUGUUUAUUAAAUCAUGUAUAAAGAAAUAAAAAUGUGAUGUGCACCAAUAGCCUUAUCAAAUUAAAAGUUUUUUUUUUAUUAUUUGUAUAUUUUCUGAAAAAAAAGAUACCUUUUAGGAUUUGCUUAAAUUUGAACAAAAGAUUAUGUUAACAUGAAUAUUGAUCAGUAUCCUCCUCUUGGAUUAUUUUUGUAGACAUAAAUGACUUGGAAACCCAAUAAAUGCUCUCUUUACUUUUGGCA